CAAAGACAACUCCCACACCCUUGCUGGAACUGCCACCCACAUGCAGCCUCAGACCCAGCCCCUAGCCCAGGCCCUACCCUUCUCCUUCAGAGGAGUCCUGCGAGAUGCUGGAUUCCGGGUGCCUGUCAUUAAAAUGGGCACAGGGUGGGAGGGCCUGCAGCGGACCCUGAAGGAAGUUGCCUACAUCCUCCUCUGCUGCUGGUGUAUCAAGGAGCUGCUGGAUUAAUGGCAGCAGGAACUGCCACCGCCUCUCCCUGCUGGCAUCAUGGCUGGCAUUGCUCAGUCCCCCUGAGACUCCAGGGCCAGCUGUGCCUGACUAAGGAUGGGCUUGAGCGAGUGAAGUGUGGAUCCAGCUUUGAGUUGUCCCAUCUGUCAGACCUGCUUCAACUCUGGGUGUCCCUUCCCAGCCCCUUCCUCUGGUGGACCUGCUGGGCAGGACUCCAGCAAGACUUGGCUCUCCUUCAAGCUUGCACAGCAAGCCCACCAGCCAAGAUGGUUGAUCUUACCACACCACUUAGUUUCAAGAAUGGGCUGCCCCUAAGAUCUCUGUUUGAAAAUCAUUAGACUAUAGAUAAAAUAAAUAGACCUUGAGGCCAAAAA